AUGUUCAAGACCAACGUUCUCUUCACAAUUCUACUGCUGAGCUUUUGCUCUAACGCCAUAUGCAAAAUAGUCCUGCCUCACAAAUUGCGUUACCUUGAGAACAUGCUAAACGCAGAAGUAAUAGCAAAAGCAGCGAAGCUGCGACAAAGAAUGGAGGCUAAUCCAAACGUUCCAGACAGCGAUAAAAGUUGGCCUUUGCUACUAGCUAAAUAUCAAGCAGACGAACAGCAUAAGAACUUACCGUCAUUUUCCUACCAGAAUAUUUACGGGAGGCGAAUUCCUAAUUUAAAG